CUACAUACGAUUAACAAUCUUGAUGUGGAACAUUUGAGUCAAAUUGGCGUUCCUCAGGCAAUGCAAAGCUACAUCAGGCCAGGCCAAGGCAACUCCUCCUCCCUUUCCCCAUCGUCCUCCGACCCAUCCAGAGCACAUCGAUAGGUGCCUCUUCUGCAGUUCACGACACCGACCUGAUUAGAUCACUGCCAAGUCCGCCGCUUGCAUCACUUCCGACACCUACGAUCUCUUCGUCUCCUGACCACUCUUGCUGCCUGCCGUCGGGGAUUGAAAGGAGGGAAGAAAAAGCCACACGAUCUGCACGCCCUUCCCCUCUUUCUUUGCGUGCCAUCCUGCCUCUGGGUGUUGGAAAUUUCUUGGCCUCCCUAGCCUGCACUUCGACUUUGCUUUGCAACCACCAAAGCAGGUAGAUCAUCCAAGCCAUGUCGAGUUCUUGCAGCUCGCAGGCCACUGCGACUUUCUUCUCUACGAGCACCGGCUUCGUCACGGGCACGAGUGUGACGACCGAGUACACGACAGUCAGCGCUGCAAGCGGCUUGCUUGGCGGUGUGCAGUCCAGCGUCCGAACAGUGACCACAACUUCGACGACGACGGAGCUUGUGCCCACCUCGACGGCUUACCAGACCCAAUGCACCACGGAGCAGAAUGGCGGCUCGACCUCGCCCACUUCGACGCCCACUUCCGCCGCUACCUCUACGGCUCAGACGUCGCUCUCGACAAUCUCUGCCUCGCAAAAUGCCAACGGCGAAUCAGUGGCACCCAGCGUCGUCGUUGUGACUGUCGGGGGUGGUAAUCAGACUGCCUACGCCACCGUUACGCCUUCUUCCACGCCCACAUCUACAUCAAGCGCUAGCAACAGUGGCAGCGGGGGCGGCACGAACACGGGCGCAAUCGCUGGUGGCGUCGUGGGGGGCGUUGUUGGCCUGGUCCUGCUUGCACUCCUGGGCUGGUUCCUACUCCGAAAGAGCCGCCGGGACUCGAGGAACCUCGAUGACUUUUUCAAGGACCCGACCUACGGUCGAAGGACGGGUGGCAACGAUGAAGACGAUGGUCGGCCAGCGGGUGGAGCGAUGGCAGCAGAUGAUCCCUACGACACGGCACCCCCGCAGAGCGAAUACGGAGGCGGUGGUGGUAUGUCAGAGUACGGUGGUCGGAGAGCCUCAAACCAGUUGCAAUUCCACAAUUUUAAUGAGCAACCUGGCAAUGGCGGCGGUGCGCCUCCGCACUGGAAUGCAGCAGCAAAAAGCGCCGCUCCUGCUGGUGCCGCUGCUGCUGCUAGCCUUGCUUCGCCCACGACGACUGAAAGGGCCCCGGGGAAUGCAGGCUGGGGCGCACACGGACUUCGCGAUUCUCAGGGUCAAGGCGUGCUGGGCAGAGCGGGAAGCGCCACGAGCCAGCGUUCGCAACCGGAGCUCAUCAAGGCCUCAUCGCGCCCGGCAUCCAUGGCCGGCGGUCCUCCUACGUCGAGGCCAAAUUCGCCUCCUGCGAUGGUGCGCAACUCCUCCUCUUCCCCCAUGACUUCACCACGCCGCCAGACAGUGGAGAUCGGUGCGACAUCGUCGGCACCCAAUACAUUCUCGCGUGGCUCGACAAGGCAUCACAGCCUCAAUGGCGCCAGUGCCGGCUCCAACGUUGCUUCGUCGCCAGACCGGCCGCAAAGCAUCUCGGGUAUAGAGCGUCGGCAGUCGCCACCCUUGUCGGCUGCGGACUACCCGCCAUCGCGAUACAGCCACCUGGACAGCAUGUGGCGCACACCUGAAGAAGCAGCCGCCAAGUCGAACCAGAGCACACCCACCUCGCUCGGCCCUGCGACGCCCGCCAAUGGGGCCGCAGGCAUCCUCGCACCCCCUCCCAUCACUUUGGAUCAGGAGCCGCACAAGCAGCUUGAGCAGGCCUCUUUGGUCACUGACGACGACGAUGACGAGGCACAACACUGGCUCAAGCCAGAGACCGCCGCAUCUGCUGCUGCCAUUGAGGCGUACCACAAGACAAUGGUGCAGACGAUGUCGCAAAAGAGGCUUCCGUCAAAGACCGCGAAACAAUUCGAGGACGAAGACGAAGCCCACGGCAUCGCCCUGGCCAACAAACUAUGGGGAAACGAAGCCAGGAGACUCGUCUUGACAAACGCCCAGCCCGUUGCGACGCCAUGAUGUGCGCGCGGCUUCAUCACUCUUUUCAAAAGUUUCUCCUCUCUCUCUCUUCUUUAGAUAGAUACCAAGAUGAUUCAAUUGCUUCUUUCCCUCCUGCUGGUGCUUGUCAUGUCGACACUUGUUACAUAGCUUCAAAUGAUCUCUACUGAUUGGGGAAUUCACGCAUUGCGAUGAU